AUGGUUAGUCUCAGUAUUUAGAUUGAACGCCAGUGGUUCAUAGAUUCUAGGCAAGGGAAUAUAAAAGAUGAAUAUUACUUCGAAAAGAAACUUGGUAGUGGAGGUUAUGGAGCAGUUUACUUAGCUAAGCAUAAGAAGACUGGUAAUUACUUGAAUGCAUUCUAAAACAAAUUGAUAGGAGUUAAAGUGGCAGUCAAAGCUAUGCAAAAAGGUAGAAUUCAAGAUUACGAAGCAUUUUAAAACGAAAUUUCAAUUUUAAAACAACUUGAUCAUCCCAACAUUAUUAAAUUGCAUGAGACUUGGGAAACUGAUAGAAUUUGUUUCCUGAUAACAGAAUUGUGUGAGGGUGGCGAAUUGUUCUAUCACAUUACCAAAAAGAAGAGUUUGACAGAGAGUUCAGCAGCUAUGAUCAUGAAAUAGGCGUUUUAUGCAUUAUGCUAUUUGCAUAAAUCCAGUAUUUAUUUUGGUCUAGCUAAAAAAGUCUCCAAAAAUGAACUGAUGACCACACCAAAUGGAACACCAUAUUAUAUCGCUCCAGAAGUUUUGAAAGGUAGCUACACCACAUAAUGUGAUAAUUGGUCUAUGGGGGUAGUCAUGUUUAUCAUGCUCAGCGGAAAGCCACCCUAUGGAGGUAAAAAUAAUAACGAAAUCUUAAAUAAUGUCUUGCAUGGAACAUUUGACUUCUCAGCACCACAGUGGGAAAAUAUAUCUGCUGAAGCAAAGGAUUUAAUAUCAAAUCUAUUAUAGAGAUAGGCUGACAUGAGAUUUACAUCUGAAGAAGCUUUCAACCAUCCUUGGAUUUAGAGACAAAAGAGAAAAGAGGAUGCAGAAAUUGUAAUAAAUCCAGAUGUAAUUGCAAAUAUGAGAAAUUAUAUUGAGUCUGUUAAUUUCAAGAGAACAACUCUAACAUUAAUUGCCUCCAGAAUCCCUGAAGACCAAAUCAGGGCACUCAGAGAGGCGUUCAGUAAGUUCGAUAAAAAUGGUGAUGGAAAACUCACGAUUGAUGAACUCAAAGAAGGAGUUAAAACUAUUAAAGGAUGCAUGCUCACUAAGGAUGACAUUUACCAAGCAAUGAGUGUGAUGGAUUCUAACAAAAAUGGAUUUAUAGACUAUACUGAGUUUAUUGCGGCUUGCUUAUAGAGUUACAAUUAUCUUUAAGAAAACCAUCUUUUCACUGCCUUUUCUUACUUUGAUAAGGAUGGGGAUGGUAGUAUUACUCAGGAUGAGUUAAGACAAUGCUUAGCAAAUGAAGACUUUACUCUUACAGAUGAUAUGAUUGGGAAAUUAGUUGAAGAAGUGGACAUGAAUCAUGAUAAACUUGUAAGAUAUUUAUUUUCCAUCAUCAAUCAUAACAUUAUAUAAUAGAUCGACUAUAAAGAGUUCAUUGAAAUGAUGAAGAACAAUUCUGAAUUAUCGAAAUCUGUGCUUGGUAAUAUCCUUAUCUGA